UCCUCCCCGGGGGGCCGCCGGGCGCGGGUCCUGCCGAGGCGGCCAGGCUGGCGGGCGCCCGCAGGUUCGGGCCCCAGCGCCGGGGCGCGCGCGGAGCCGCCUGUUGACACAGCCGCGGGCAAUCCAGGCGGUCAAUGAUUAACCGGCCGCGCUGCCGGCACCAGGAAACCCGAGCCACCCGCGAAAGCGGAGCCGGGCCCGACGGCGGCGGCGGGAGGCGCCGGGCGCGGGAGGCGUGCAGCCCAGCUGGUUUCGCCAUGGACGCAGGAGCGGACGCGAAAGGGGGCGGCAGCCCCGAGGACGCCGGGAGCGCCGCGCGCCCAGAGCUCCCGCAGCUCCCUCGCCGCCCGCAGCUCCUGGAGGAGGACGGAGGGCCCAACGAGGAAGCGGCCGCGGACGGAGGCAGCGCCCCGGCGCCGGAGGGCACCCCCGGCGACCCCUCGGCCGAGGCCUCCGCGACGACCCCUGACCAGGCCCAGGCCCAGGCCGCGGGCGACGCCCGGCAGCCGCCCAAGGCGGCGGCCGGCGGGGUCCCCAACAUCGGCUUCGUGGGCGAGCCCCCGCCCUACGCGCCGCCCGACCCCAAGGCCACGCACCUGCUCUACCCGCCGCCGCCCUUCCCGCAGCCCGUGCUCUUCCCGCCCGCGCCCUCCGCCUCCGCCCUGUACCCCCCGCCCGCGCCGCUCUUCCCCGGGCCCACUGCGCAGCCACUCUUCGCUCCCUUCCCGGUGUACAACAGCGCCGUGGCCGGUGUGCCAGCCCCGGCCACGGUGGAACACAGGCCCCUGCCCAAGGACUACAUGGUCGAGUCCGUGCUGGUGACCCUCUUCUGCUGCCUGCUCACUGGGCUCAUUGCCGUCGUCUACUCCCACGAGACUCGUGCGGCCCUGGGCAGGGGGGACCUGGCCCAGGCUGAGGAGGCCUCGCGCAAGGCCCGCUCGCUGGUACUCUUCAGCCUGCUUUUUGGGGUCUUCGUGUCCACCAGCUGGGUCAUCUACGUGGUGGUAGCACUCUACCUGCCCUGAGGGCGGGUGGCUCCUUCGGGGACGUCAGGACACCUGGGGACUCCUGACCUGGCCAGACUCUUUCUGCGGACUUGGAUCCCUGCUGGUGGCCAUCUGUCACCUAGAGGGGACCUGGGCAGGCUCAGAAGAAGACGGGCUUUGCAGCCUUCAGCGCACGCAUGGCUGGGCCUCUGCCCCUGCAGGUGGCCUCAGGCAGUGUCCUAGCCCGAGGUGGCCCCAGGGCCCAGGCCCAGCUGUGCUACAGGGGCCUGAGGUCUUCCUGGCACUGUGCUGGCAGUGCCCCCAUGCCCCUGGCCUUCACUUGACCCCUGAGAGACCAGCAGAGGGACCAGUGCCCUCACUGCCCUCGGAGCCAUCUGGAAGGACAUUGCCACCUCCGGCCUCCCCAUCGCCCAGCCCAGCCCUGGGAUUGCAGGGCAGAGCUGCUGGGCUUGCUUUCUCCCUGUUGGGGAGUUGAGAGGAGUGGCCUCCUCUCUCCUGGGUCGCUCCCGGCCGGUCGUGCUGCGUCCCAGCCCCGUGCGGGGGGGGCAGGCUCUCUCCUGAUGACCCCGUGUCCAGAAACCAAGGCCACGACGUCCGGUCAGUCGUGAACGAACAGCAGCACCCUGGGCGGAGCGUCUCAUUGCCGCGUCGGGGCUGUUGCUCACCCUGGGUCACCUUAGGGUGAGCGGGACGCCUCUGUCCACAGCUGGGCCCUGGGGCUCCCACGCCGGCCCCUCUGAGAUGCUGGGGUUUGCCCAGUCUGUGCAGCACGGUGUCUUGUGCACGUGGUGGUGGAGCCGCUGGGUACCGAUGGUGGGAAUUUCUGUAGGGUCUUUCGCGGGCCAAAGGUGAUGGGAGAGGAAGGAAAUCCAUCUGCAUCUAGAGAGGAGGAAGGGGGCCCCCUGGCUGAGCCGUAAAAGAUCGACAGCUCAAGUUAAAUCAGGUGUUUUCUGAGCACUGACCAGGUCUGGGAGCUGAAGCAGGACAACCCAUCUCGGCCCUCGAAAUGCUCCAGGGGCUGGAGAGAUGGGGGUGCGGGAGUAGGUGGUGAGGAGUGAUGAUGCUUGGAGCCCGAGAGGUGGCCUCACGGUCUAGGACGUGGGGCGGCCCAGAAUUAGGAUAUCAAACCCUAAAACGCACGAUUGCCGCGAAAAAGGAGGAAGCUGUAUUUUAGGGGUCCGUAGAUGCCAAGAAGCACUUGGUAGACCCCAACUGCCAUAGCUCUUCCUGUUACUAAACUCUUACCUAAAAUCAGAAUAGAAAGAAGUCAUCUAGACCAGUGUGCCUUGAACCUGAAAGUACAUUAUCAGACACCUGGGAAAUCUUAUUAAAAUGCAGAUCCUGAUUCAGUAAGUAGGGCCUGAGAGCCUGCAUUUCUCAUGAGCUCCCAGGUGCCGCCGAAGCUGGUAGAUGCACCAGCAGCAUAUGGUGUGUUAAGUGGGAAAUUACUAAACCACUGUAACCAGGACCAAGCCAUGGGUGCCCCCUAGAGUCUCUGUGCAACAUUGUUUUGAGGUUCUAGCUAAUGUAAGAAACAGCAAAAUGAAAUUUGUAGUGUGAAAACUAGAAGAGACAAAAUGAUACUCUAGCUAGACUAUCCAAGAGUCAAUGAAAAAAUCAAAGUAAGAGAACUCAGAGAAGUGACUGGAUACAAAGUAUACAAUAGUCAAUAGCAAUAUUCAGGUACAAGUGGAAGAACUUUAAAAUUCCACUCACAGUAGUGAUAAAAACAGUAAAACCUAGGAAUAAACUCAACAGGAAAGACCCAGAUCCAAAUGAAGAGAAUAAUUUUAUUUUAUUUUAUUUUUUUGGAAGGAAAGUGCAUGUAUGGUAAGGUACAAGGAGUCCGGGACAGCCAGUGCACAAAAAGGCCCAAACUUCUCUAAAAAGAGCAAAGAACAAAAUAUCUGGAUGGGAAGACGUAGUAUCAUGAAACUAUCUAUAGCCUUCUUAAGUAAACAGAUUUAAUGAACUUCCAACAAGAAAGCCAAGCUUUUAAAACUGAGAAAGAUGUUUUUAAACAUUCAUGCGGAAGGAAAAUGUGCAAAAACUGCUAAUAAUUUUUCAAAGUUUAAUGAGGGACGACUUUCUUCACCAGAUUUUGAAACUUACGAUAAAGCUACAAUAAACAAGGCACAGUAUGGCUUUGCCACAGAGAUGGAUCGGUGAAAGACAAAGUCCGGAAAACAUUCCAAGUAUAUAUGGGACGUUAAUACCUGACCAAAAUGGCAUUUUAAUUGAGUGAGGCAGGGAGGGCAGAGUUGGCGCUCUGGUUGGAAAAAUAAUUCUUCUUCUCCUAUUGUAUGUAAAAAUAAAUGCCAGAUGGAUUAAAGAGCUAAGUAGUGUGAAAUAAAGCUCUACCAAUCGUAGAUGAAAGCUUAGGGGAAUAUUUGUAUAACUUCAGGGUGUUAGGCAGUGUGGAAGGGGAGACCUCCUAAAAUCUGGAAUUCCAGAUACGAGGAAGAGAUGGAUUUGAGUUCUGUGUAUAAGGGAAGUACACACUUAAACCAUGAGAUGAUUUUUACGUAUCAGAUUGGGAAAAAAUUAGAAAGAUUGAUUCUAAAGGUGGCAAAGGCCUGACCCUCUCAUUUAUUACUGGUAGAUGUGUAUUGCUACCAUCUUUAUGGAAAGUAGGCUAAUGGUAGCUUCUAGUAAUAUGUGUACCAUAUAUUAAUAUGCAUGUAAGUGCAAAGAACAGAGUCUAGAAGGAUAUAUUGCAAACUGCUGAGAGUGGCUGCCUUUGGGGAAGGACUGGUACUAGGAGGGUUUGUGCCGAAUUUUAAAAUAUGGGUGUAUUCAUGUGUUGUGUAAUUAAAAAAUAACUGGAAAAAAUG